AGCCUGCCUGCCAAAUCCGUGUAAGCUCCAACCCACCACCGUCCUCCGGCCAAUUCCCGGCCGUCGAUUCAUCUCGCGCCGCGCAGGCUGCACUUAUAACAUCCAUCUAACCAAAGCUACCACACCACACCUGCUCACGGAAAGGGAGCUCACGAGCCAUUGUCCACAAGAGACUCAAGAGUCAAGAGAGAGAGAGAGAGAUCUAGCUAGCUAGAGAGUGCAGAAGCCGGCCGGCGGAGCGCGGUGACCGAUCGAUCGAUCAACCAUGGCCGGCGGCGUGCGCGCGGUGGCCGGGAUGUACGUCGUCCUGGGGCUCUCGGUGGUGUGCUUCGCGCUCUACGCCAUCUCUCUCGAUCCCACCGCGUUCCAGCAGCUCCAGCUCCAGAUGAUCAAGGAGGACCCGGGUCACCAGCCGGAGGAGGGCCAGACCAGCUGCGCGGCGACGGCGGCGGAGGCGAUGGCGAUGCGCGCCGACGCGGCGGUGCUGCUGCUCUUCGGCGCGGGGCAGGCGCUGAUGGCCAUGGCGGCCUUCGCGGUCGCGGGGGCGAACCCUGUCGGCACCCUCCUCGCGCUGCUCCUGAGCAUCCCCAUGGCCGAGAGGGCCAUCGCCAUCUUCCCCGGGGUGCUCCUCGUUGCCAUCGGGCGCUGCCACGACCACGGCUUCUACCACCAGCUGCGCAUCGCCGGCGACGUCAUUAUCACCGUGCCGUUCGUUCUGCUCUCGAUCGCCGCCGUCGUCGUGGUCUUCUGCGGCAAGGCCGACGCCUAGCUGCACCCUGCGCGAAGACCACUUAUCUGAGUACUACUCUGCCGGCCGGGGCAUUGAAUCUGAGCGCUUGCAUCCUUAGGUUAAUUUGAGUUGUGUGUGUGUGGACAUUUUCGUAUUGCCGUGACUAUGUUCGUGCUAGAUAGGAGUGUUUGAGCAGUAUAUCAGUCUGCCACCAGCCCACCACCACCAUUGAGCAUUAUUAUUGUUCUCAUCAGUCA